UCGUGCUCUCGGAGGAAAAUCCGCCUGAAAGCGGGCGUGCAGCUGGCUGCCGGAGAGGGAUGGUGCCUUGCUGCUGGUUCAGCAAGGGAGAUCUGACAGCGGUCUGGGAUCACACGCCGUUUAGGUUGUAGACUGAAUUCAGAUAACUGAACCAAAUGGCCUGAAUGUACCUGCUUUUGAAAAUGAAGUUUCUUUGGAACUACACUUCACCGUAAUUGCGGGUUUUUUGAAUGGCAUAUUCCUUCAUCCUACUGAGAAAGAUGUUGGCUACAGACAAAGGAGUGGUUGAGGAGUGGCUUUCAGAGUUUAAGACUCUGCCUGAGACUUCUAUAUCUAGCUAUGCUUCAAGUUUAAAAGUCAAGACUAGCCUGGUUUCGGAAUUAUACACAGUCAUCUGUGAGCCACAUAGUGAGUUGCUGGAGCCAGUUUGCCACCAAUUGUUUGAAUUUUAUCGCACUACUGAGGUUCAGCUGAAAAGAUUCACAUUACAGUAUCUUCCUGAACUUGUGUGGAGUUACCUUUCUGUGAUAACAAAAGAUAUGCACAGUAGUGGCUGCAUUGAAGCACUCCUCUUGGGCAUCUACAAUUUGGAAAUUGCUGAUAAGGACGGGUGUAGCAAAGUGCAGACUUUUACGAUCCCAUCUCUUUCAAAACCUUCUGUGUAUCAUGAGCCUUCUAGUUUUGGUUCUAUGGCACUUACGGAGGGUGCGUUAUCCCGACAUGGCUUGACAAAAGUUGUACAUAGUGGACCGUACUGUCAAAGGGAAACAUUUACAGCGCAAAACAGGUUUGAAGUGUUGACAUUCCUAUUUCUCUGUUACAAUGCAUCAAUAAUCUACAUGCCUUCUCAGUCAUUGCGCUCUCUGUGCCAUACAUGUUCCAGAAUAUGUGUUAGUGGAUUUCCAAGGAGGUUGCAGAAGAAAUACACUGAUGUUGAAAGCAGAAUACCUGUCUCUGCUGAAUUUAUGGUACACAUGUUAACAGCUAUUUAUUAUGCUAUGUAUAAUGGAGAAUGGGACUUGGCUUGCAAAACAUUGGAUGAUCUAUUGUACAGAGCCCAGUUGGAGAUGUUUGCAGAACCCUUACUGGUUGGCAAUGCAAUCAAAAAUAUGUUGCCUUUUGGUGCCCUAAAGUCAUCAAAAGAUGCUCCACGAUCGAUUGAGGUAGAGAUAACUCCGACGUCAUCCAGAAUAUCGAGGAAUGCGGUCACUAGUUUAUCAAUUCGAGGACAUCGAUGGAAGAGGAAUGAACUAACUGAUUUACAAGCCCAGGAGGAUCUUACAGACAUUUCUGAAGUGGAUGAAGAAUUUGUUUCCAAGGCUUCUAAUGCAAGCAAUAUAACCACUAAUACAAGCAGCAAAACAUCUGCUGGAAAAAAUCAAAUGAAAUCAUCAAGCAGUAAACCCCAUAAAGAAACGGUGGACGAGACAUGCCGGGAACAUUCUGCUCGUAAGCAAUCUCGAAGAGCUGUGAGUGAGAAUCUAGAACUCUUGGCCAUGAAGAGACUAACUCUGACUAGUAGUCAAUCUCUACCUAAGCCAGGAAGCCACAAUCACUUGGCUAGCACUGCUGCAACCCACUUCAGUAAAUCCUUUGAGCAUGUUAGUGGAGUUUUUAUUGGAAGUAGUCCAGCUGGUGCCACGAGUAGGAAUUCUGAAGAAUCCAACCGAUUCUCUGCUUGUAGCCUUCAGGAUGACAGACUUGCACUUGUGCCUGAUUGAGAACUUCAAGCUUCCAUCUCUCAACACCAGAAGCAUCACUACUCACCUGGUUUUAAUGUUUAUCUCUUGACAGCUAUGUAACUUUGCAAAAUGGAUAUUAAAGAAAAGCUUCUAUUUUUUUGUAAAGUUUUGAUUUGUCAAACGCAAAACUGUAUUUUUACACAGUAUAAGUUGAGGUUUGAACCUUUUCUUAAUGUGCCUGUAAAAACCAAGUGUUAAUCAAACAACAAUGAAAGGGAUGAGACAUUACUUUUGAGUCCUUUUCUCUUAAUGUGCAUUCUUAUUGGUUUUCUUGAAACAAUUUUUUAAAAAUUAUUUUAUGACAAGUAACGAUAAUGAUAUUCCCAUUUGAAGGAACAUGCAUUACAUGUUCCUAUGCAUUACUCGUUUCAGUUUUGACCUCUCGCUUUUUGUGACUGAGAAUUUAUUUUGUUAGAUAUUUCUGCCACGUUCAAGGAAGUUGGAUUUUUAGAGAGAUUUGUUAUAAUGUAAGCAAUUUUGAAUUUAAGAUGAUUAAAUGUAGAAUAUGGGUAUUAACUUAGCUGAACUGGAUUGUGUAUCUUAUGUCUAAAUCGUAUAUCUGCAUACAAAUCCAUAUCUCCACUUUUUUCAAAGGUAUCUUUAUAAACUCAUUCUACUUUUCAACAGUAAAUGCAUUUUUAACUUUAACAUUAAAUUAACCAUGACAGAAACUAACCACACAACUUUGAUAAACCAGAAAUUGAAAAUGCUCUUGUGAUACGAAGAGAUAGACUUGAGGGUUGUGCAAAAUCAUUCACUAUUGUGGAUCAUGCUGCCACUGUAGCACUUUUGAGCAGAAAUGUUCUAUUGAACAGAUUAUAAACUCUUAAACAUCUUUUUAAGUUGUCGAUUUUAUUGUGAAGCUAAUCAAAACUUUAGAUGUGAUUGCCUACUUAAAUACAUGGAAAAAUAAACUUGAGAAUUAAAAUUACUUGUUACAGAACAAUUAGCCAUUUAGGUUUGUACAAAUUAUUUGGUUAUUAUUUCUCAAUUCCUUUUUGUCAGAUAACAACUUGCAUUUACUGUAUAAAGAAAGCCAUUGUUAAAGUGGAUUUUGAAGUUUUGUUUUUUCCUGAAGCAUUAAGCCUUGCUAGUCUGUAUUGUUUUUUGGCAGCUAACUUGUGCAUUCUGUUCAAAAAGUUAAAUGUUACUUAAUUGUAUUUCAACUUCUACAUGUGCAUUUCUGUUUUGCUGGAUCACUAGAACUCAGUAAGAACAGGAAAUUGGGGUUUUACUUUCCUCUUGCCUGGUUAAGGCAAAUCUUUAGUGCCUAGAUUAAGAUGCAGACAAAGAUCAAACUUCAGGCUUACCUGGUCUGUAUGGCUUUGUUCUAGAAAUAAUUCUUAAAUCGAAUCAUGUAAUGUCCACAUGAUGCUUUUUAGUGUGGAAUAGCAUGAACAAUUAAUUCAUGACUCUGUAAAAUCACUUGUAUGGAGAGGUAAAUAGAAUGAAGAAAUAUAAUUGUAUCAGAGAUAAUGAACUGCAGAUGCUGCAGAAUCCGAGAUAACAAAUUGUGGAGCUGGAUGAACACAGCAGACAUCUUAGGAGCACAAAAGCUGACAUUUGGGGCCUACACCCUUUCUGAUGAAGGGUCUAGGCCCAAAAGGUCAGCUUUUGUGCUCUUAUGAUGCUGUUUAGCCUGCAGUGUUCAUCCAGCUCCACAAUUUGUUAUCUAUGAAGAAAUCUAAUAGUUGGUUUCAUUACCAUUUGAUUAGUUGAUGCUUCAUAUUUUACACACACGAAUUCAUUCAAAGAGCUUGACAAUUGCUGCAAUGUGCUCCACAUUUUAUUUUAUAGAAUUUUUAACAGAGCACUUUAUUUUAGAUUUAUUCCUUUAGCAUUUGCAAUUGAAGCCAAACGAAAAGGCUACAAGCAUUCUAUAAAGGAGGUCUGAAUUAAAAGGUGAAUUGAUUCAAGUAUAUAAAUGUGCUGUUAAUUAGCAUUGUAAAAUAUGAUGUCAGCUUGAAUAUUUUAGACAUGCAUUGUUAACCAGUCAUUUUUCUUUUGUAUUAGUGUUUGUUUAUCAAAGGGAUAGAUAAUAGGCAUUCCGCUUUUGCUACCCUUCUAGAUUUUGUAUAUUUGUCUUGACUAGAACUGUUUACUUUUGUAAUAAUGCUGACUUUAGGAAUUCAGAAAUGAAAUGUAUUUGUAACUAUGUUAAUUGUACUGACUACAAUUAAUCAGAAAUUAGUGUUCUGCAUUAAAGAACUAUG